AAGAAUUGGAGGAAGACAUCAACAAUAAGGUAACUUUAAAAUAUUUUUAAUAUAUUUUUAUUCUUAAUAUGGCUACUAGAGCAGUUUCAGAGACUGCUCUAAAAUAUUUUUUCCGCGAAGUCAAAAGAUUUCAUCUCCGUCCUGUUAAAAAAUUGAGUUUUCAAUUUGAUCCUUUUCACGAAAAUGCGAAAACGGUUAGGGAUUUCUAUUUCCAUAUAUCAUCAAAAAAGAUCCGUAAAACCAAUGAAGGCUGCAUAUUUAAAGCUGAUGUAGUUAAUGAUAGAUCAGAACCAAUUAUUAGUAUUGAUCUAAGUAACGGCCUGAACGUUUUGUUCAAGUGUUCAAACCUAUCACCACUAGAAGUUGCCAAAGAAUUUAAUCAAAUUGUUGAAAAGUAUGAUGUUCCAGAAGAUGAUGGUACAUCUAAAUUGAAAGGAGCAUUAUUAAAGAAGGCUACCAAAGCAAAGAAAAGAAAGUAGAUUUAUACUUAAAAUUUGUUAUUAUAGUCAACUAUGACGAAAGAAUCGUACAAAGCAAACAUUAACAUCUUUAAUAAAGUUUAUGACCAGCUACCUGCUUUUGUGGAUAUUUUUGAUGAAGAGACAUUUUAUGUU